AUGCUGGAUCGUGCUGACAUCAAUCAGGAUGGUGACGUGCACGGCACAAUGGUGUAUGACCAGGUCACACUCGCUGGCAAGACUUUCAAAGGCUGCUUUGGCAUCAGUGAACUGGAACCAAAAUUUGUCGAGCUAGAUCGAGAUGUCUAUGGCAUCACCGCGCUUGGCGUUCAGCUGAUGCAGAAUCAGACCCUUCAAGCACCGACCCAUUAUGUUCCUACCUUUUUGCAGAGUAUGCGAGACGCCGGCGUCAUCCAGCAUGCUAUCGUAUCUCUUAAUUUCGCUUCGCCGCCUUCGAUCAAAUCAGUCGACGCUCUUGCCGGUUCGGUCACCAUUGGGGCAAUCGAUACCAGCAAAAUCAAAGGAGCUAUCACUUGGUCAAAUCGACAGAAUGUUGACGGCCAAGCCUUCUGGGCCAUCAAAGUUGGCUUUCCUACGCUCGGCGUGAGAAACGCGGUUUCACUUAUCGACUCGGGCACAACGAUGGUAGCCCUAGAAGAGGCAGCUUUCGACAGAUACUUUGCCGCGUUGAAACCUCGUGGUAAGGCUACGCGACUGCUUGCACUCAUCUUCCUGACAGGAGCAGGCGCAACAUACGAUGACACACUGGGUGUCGUCCAAAUGCCAAAGGGUGUCGUACCAGAUACGCUGCCCUUCGUUCUCUCUGGUCGCACUUUUGUCUUGACAGGCCAACAGCAACUCGUCGGGUCAGAGAUGUAUGGACUGCUCGGUCUCGACACGACCAAGCACUAUUCGUGGAUCACCAAAGGGAGUACGGUUUCGGUACUAGGCUUGCAUCUCAUCGAAAAGUUCUCUGUGAUCUUUGACGAAGAGCAUCACCAGAUCGGCUUCGCAGAAAGAGCCUAG